UAGUUGAAGUUUGAGUUGUUUGUUUUCCUCUCUCAGAUCUAUGGUCUUCUUUUCCAGCGCAACAAUUCUCCCGUUGUGGUUAGCGGUAUCUUUAAGUAAUUUUUCAACAGUUUCAUUCAUGAAAGCCAUGGCAUGAUCAGUGUUUCUCACCGUUGUCUCCAUAGAAGAAACCUUUUCGAAAAUAACUUCACAUUUUGCCGAGAGAGACUGGAUAGCGGCCAUAACCUUAUUAAGUUUCUCUCCUCCCUCAUCUCUUCUUGAAGUGUGAAAACCAGGAAGCGUCUGAUUUUGUUGAAACAGUCUGUAACUGUGUCAAUAUGGGGUCCAGACGUGCACUGUCUCUUGUACUCUUGCUGAUAUCCUUCAUCCACUCUGGACUUACUCAAGAGUCAUCCCCUUCCCCACAGUCUGAUCCUGUAAUUACAAGACAGAAAGCUGUAUCCAUAGGUCAAAAUCAAGUCAUUAUUGAAGAGCUUGCAAUCCUGACACCCCAAAAAAUCGAGCUUUUAUGUAACCUUAUUGAUAUACCAAAUAACCCUCCAAACAUUACUGGCUAUUGGACUAAAGAUGGACAAGAAAUUGAAAACUCUGAAGAAUCUGUAAAUAGAAACAAUGAACAGUAUAUCCUUAAAAGGACUUUCAGUAUAGAGGCCAGAGACCUGGGAAACUAUUCCUGCAACUUCAGAGAAAAUGAGGCAAAAGUUACAUUUGUAUUAGAUGUUCCUGCAAUAAAAGGCACAAGAAACAAGCCUGUAGUGAGCUACAUCGGAGAUUCAGUUGUACUUGAAUGUAAACUCAAACUCAAACACACACCAAACACUUGGAACUGGUACAAGGCAAACGACACCGAAAAGGUCCUCAUCAAUGUUACUGCAAACCCUCAGAACUACAAGAUCGUUAUUAAUGGAAGUGAUACAAAACUGACUGUUCUGAAUCUGACUGAAGAAGAUUCUGGAAAGUACAUAUGCAGCGCUGAGUUUGAUAUCAAACCCAGGGAGUCUUACGUCAAGCUGAAGGUCUUGUCUUAUACUGAGCCUCUCAAACCCUUCAUUGCCAUAGUGGUUGAAGUCAUUGUCCUGGUCACGCUGAUUUUGCUUUGGGAAAAAUGCAAAAAGCCACAACAGGACAACUCUUCUGCAGGAGAGAAUGAUGUCUGCUCAGAACAAACCAGCAAACUCGCUGGUGAUGAGAACAAUGGAGUGAACAACACAGCAAGACAAAGAAAACUGCAGCCCUGAUGUUUUCAUUUUAACAGAUGAAAAAAAAAAUUUGAUUAUGUAAUGUGGCCUGAAUCACAUAAGGCAAUAAGCAAUCUUUUUUCCUAAACUAAUUCUGCCACAGCCACAUACAUAAACACACACAAACACACACGCGCACACUGUGCACACACACUGUGUGUGUGUGUGUGUGUGUGUGUGUGUGUGUGUAAUUACAUUCUCAGUGUACCAUCAUAAAAAUAUAAAGCAUGUUUUCUUCAAUAUACAGUAGUGUUAUUACUAAGGUUUAAGUGUUCAUAUGACCUUUUGGAAGUCAAUUAAUAAUAAAGGUCAACUAAAGAUAAAACUGAUUCUCUUUCUGAAGACUUUAUUAAAGUAUUAAAUUGCUUCAUAUAACGAAAAGUUUUCAUUUCGGCUAUAUAUAUUAAUAUAUAAACAUUGAUCACACAUACACAAAGGUCAAAGGAAGUUGAGCUUGGCACACAAGAACCAAUGAGGUUAUGAAGUAGUCAUAUCUCUUCAGAAGACUUGGACAAACUGCUUCAUUCAUACAGAUUACUUUUAUGAUAUCUUUUUGUACUUUGUAAUGCAUGAAAGCUUUUUUUGCUUGGGCUUCAAUUGAGGAAAAGAAAAAGCAAAGCUAAAAAUGGCCUUCAUCUGUGUUUCAAAGAUGAACAAAAAUCGUAUUGGUUUGGAAUGACAUGAGGGCGAGUAAAUGACAAUUUUCUUUGUUUCCUGAUUCCUUUAAAUACAAAUAUGACUGAUUUGAUUCUUCAACAAAAAAUUUGUAAUAUUAAUUCUCAGUUCUAUUUUGAGCACAAAAUCUUCUUUAAACACAAGUUCUUGAACUUAAAUGAAAAAAAAAAUAAC